CGUAGUCCCACGAGAAUGCCACGUGUCAUUCGGCAUCACCACCACCACCAAGUGCAAGUAGUAUUCUGCUAAGUGCUAACGCCACCCUCUUCCUAGACGAGUCUCCCCCUCCGCUCCCCUCCCUUUCUCUCUCUCACGUACAACACGGACUGCACGUCGGGAAGAAAUGUCUGUGUUGCGGACGGUUUUCCUGCAAACUUUGCCGGCUUCGAUUUCGCCGUUCUCAACGCCGUCGUCUUCUGCGGGUAACUGCGUCUCCGUGAAAUUCUCUGUUUCGUGUUGCUCGGCGGCGUCGCCAGUUACUUUGGUGAAUGGGAAUGUGGAUAAGAAGCCUUUGGAGAGGAAUGAAGUUCGGCUUGGAUUGCCGAGUAAAGGACGAAUGGCUACAGACACUCUUGAUCUUCUCAAGGAUUGUCAAUUGUCAGUGAGACAGGUGAAUCCACGGCAGUAUGUGGCGGAAAUUCCUCAGCUUUCAAAUUUAGAAGUUUGGUUUCAGCGGCCGAAGGACAUUGUGAGGAAAUUGGUAUCCGGAGAUUUAGACCUUGGAAUUGUUGGUUUGGACACAAUAAACGAAUAUGGGCAGAAUGAAGAUCUCAUUAUUGUCCAUGAUGCUCUUGAGUAUGGAGAUUGCCGUUUAUCUCUGGCGAUUCCAAAUUAUGGCAUAUUUGAGAAUGUAAAUUCUUUGAAAGAGCUAGCACAGAUGCCACAAUGGACGACCGAGAGACCUCUAAGAGUCGCUACUGGAUUUACAUAUUUGGGUCCCAAGUUUAUGAAGGAAAAUGGAAUGAGAUAUGUCACCUUUUCUACUGCUGAUGGUGCUUUGGAAGCAGCUCCUGCUAUGGGGAUAGCUGAUGCUAUUGUGGAUCUUGUAAGUAGUGGAACAACACUGAGAGAAAAUAAUUUGAAAGAAAUUAAAGGUGGAGUUAUCUUGGAAAGUCAGGCUGUUCUUGUUGCUAGUAGAAGGUCAUUGGUCCAGCGAAAAGGUGUGCUUGAUAUCACUCAUGAAAUGCUUGAGAGAUUAGAGGCACGUUUAAUGGCUGUUGGUCAGUUCACGGUAACUGCAAACAUGAGAGGAAGCAGCGCGGAUGAAGUGGCUGAGCGAGUUCUAGGCCAACCAUCUUUAUCUGGGUUACAGGGACCGACUGUUAGCCCAGUAUUUUGUAAACGUGAUGGACGAGUGGUAGCAGACUAUUAUGCCAUAGUUAUUUGUGUACCAAAAAAAGCACUUUACAAGUCUGUUCAGCAGCUCAGGGUGAUUGGAGGUAGCGGGGUUCUGGUUUCUCCUCUGACCUACAUCUUCGAUGAGGAAACUCCAAGAUGGCGCCAGCUUCUUUCAAACUUGGGACUUUAAUCAUAUACCAUACAUACGACCUCGGGAGAAGUCAUGAGCUGCAGCUCUGAGAAAUUAAAGAUACUUAUAUAUACACUUUUUCAGUGGAGAUGCCAAUAUUUGUUUUAGAUUGGUAGGACAGGCUUAUCAUCUCUUGUUGCAUCUAAAAUAAGAUGAUAGCUAUGGCCACAUACUGUUGUUAAGUUUCAGGCGAAUGAUCGCGGAUCUUCUCUUUUAAUUUGUAUGAGAGGGAACGGAUUAAACUAAAAACUCCUGUUGAGAACAUCUAUUUAUAUUCACGGAUAUACGUUUUCUGCUUA